AUGGAGUACGACUCGGGCGACAGCAGGAACGAGAGCGAAGACGACGACGAGGGUCUAGACGACUCGAAGAAGGACGCACUGCUCCGGCCGUACGCGUAUGCCUUUGCGAGGCUCAGAAAGGCCAAGGACACCUUCCUCUACACGCUCAAGUGCCCAAGCGACGUCGCGCCGCCACGCGUCCACAUUGGUCGCACAGCGCUGGCGUGGCCUCUUACCAAGGCACAGGAGAAGCGUCUUCAAAAGCGCUACGCCACCGACACGAUCAUUUCUCCAGCCGAGUUUUCCAUUGACGACUUUGACGACUGGUGGGCCUCCAGUGGCGAGACCGUCCUCGUCGAGGGUCGGGCCGCGCUCGGUCUGAAGAGCUCGGUGGCCAUCGGAGUGACGCUAUCGCACCUCGCGAUUGACGUCAGCGGCAACGGCGACGUCUUGCGUGCCCAGCAGACAGCACCCAACACGUUUGGCUCGGUCAUCUUUGUCCUGCCAUCGACGCACAAGGGCGGUCGCAUCACGUUUACCCAAGGACACGAGACGGAGAAAUUUUACGCGGCGUCGUCAUCAACCGCCAUGCACGCCGCGAUGACGUAUCUUCAGACGUGGAUUACAUCGACGCGCCUCACGUCCGGGCGACGCUAUGCACUCGUCUUCAACUUGGUGUCGUUGGGUGACGCCGUGCCGUCGAUGCCACCCAAGAUGCUCGAGGCCAUCGACAUGUUCCAGGCGCUGGCGGCGCGGCCGAUCCAGCGACACCGGCGCAUUGCGCGCGCCCUCAAGCCCAUCAACCCGAGGCUCAUGUGGGAUAGGCUCAGCUACGCAGAUUCGUACUUGGUGGACGUGCUCUUGGCCACUGGCGCGUACGACGUCGCCCUUGUGCGCUUUCGAAAGGUGCCCGACGACCAAGACAUGCUGAAUGGGAAUUUAUGA